AGGGGGGACCUUAUCACAAAUACGUGUCUAGAGAAAUAAAGCGAGUAGCCGAAACACGUGCGUGAAUCUGUAGUCGCGUUUGGAGGGAGCCGGUGAAAAGGAGACGCCAGCCUAUGGGCUUCUUCUCGUAGGCUCGCUAUAAAAACCACGCAACGCAACCCGACGAAUGGAAUCGAAACUCAUCUCCGAAAAGGCGCCGGAAAGUGGGGUUUCUUCUUUUAAAUUCCGAUCGUCUCCGCCGGCGAUGGAGUCGCACGUGCAAUUCAACGAAACGGGGUCGUGUUGGACCAAUGAGAAGCACAUGCACUUCUUGAAUUCCAUGGAAGCUUCCUUCGUCCGAUCAAUGUUCGAAAAUCGCACCCACCGCCGCCGCCGUCUACGGCUGGACCGCCACCUGCCGGACACGUCAGACUCAACCCUAGAUUCCCCUCAGAAGGACAGAAAAAACCACGCCACCUCCGGAGCUGCUACAAUCGACGGUAGAUCUAGCAGCAGAUCAAGGACCAGAUCAUCUCUACCGCACACUUCAAAUCAAGAUCAGGUGGUCCCACAGAUGGAAAAGAGAGCAGUCGAGGAUGAAGAUGAGAGAGACCAUCCCAUGUCACCUAUCAACUGAGAAAUAUAUUAUUAUAUUUAUUAUUAUUGUUAUUUCUGCAUUUUUUUUUCACUUUGCUUUUUUUUCAACUUAAUUUUAAUAUUUAUGUCUUUUCACCUUAGUUUGUUACAUUUAAAUUGAUGAUGGUGUGAAAAAAAAGAUUUAGUUGAAAUUGGUGAAUUUGAUUUGGGCGAAAUGAUAAACGUUUGGCUGCUUAUGGUUAAAUGUCACUCAUUGUAUGUGUUACUUUAAUUUUAAAUUCUUAUUUAUUUAUUUUUUUUGA